GGGCGAGCUAACUCGGGCAAAUCAUCCCUGUUCAACGCCGUUCUAGGGCGCAAAAAUUUACUUGUCACUAGUUCCAAAGCGGGCCGUACACGACAGCUCAACUUCUUCCGUGUCGGACCAGAACCAGGCCAACUUGUCCUCGUCGAUGCGCCAGGGUACGGACGGAGAGGAAGGGCCGAGUGGGGGGAUUUGUUCGAUCAGUACUUGAAGACGCGUAAAGAACUACGCCGAGUAUAUGUCACCUUCAACGGCAAGCAUCGACUAAACGAAUACGAUGUUCAAAUGCUGGAACACCUCACCAAAAAUCUAUAUACCUCAGAAGAUGGCGUCCAACGAUAUUCUAUACAGGCUGUAAUCACUAAGUCUGAUGCCAUACUUCCAGACGAGGUGAAGGACGUUAUCAGUCAGCUGCGCAAGGACAUCUUCGACGCUGCGCCGUUCUGCCUACCUCCCAUCAUCACGAGCGCGAAAAUGAUCCCUCCCUUCGGCAUCAAGGAACUCAGGAAAAAUAUCGUGGAAUGCUGUCAGGAUUGA